AUGCCGUCGCCUCCGGAGAACUCCCUCCUCAACCUACUCAACCCCUAUGCGUCGGUGGUACGCAGCGUAACCGCCGCUGGGGAUCGCGAUGACGACAGCGGCGAUACCAGCACCGCGCCGCCCGACUCGCCAUCCGCCGUCCUCCUCCGCGAGCUGCAGUCGGCCUCGAGCGAUAACAACCCCAAGGGCUCUGGGGUUGGUGUUGGUGGCCAGCUAAUGUCUCGCGGCAGGUCCCGUGCAAGCGGCACCGGCGCGUCCCCGCCCCUGUCCCCGACGCCCAAGCCAGGCCGUUCGGCUUCGUCGUCGUCGACCUCUGGUCCCUCCCCCGCCUCGGCGUCCGCUUCGGGAGGCUCGUCCAUCCCCGCAGCCAUCCGUCCAUCACAUCUCCUGGAGGAUAGCAGCAGCGACGACGAGGGGCCUCCCGCAUCGCUCAUGUUCGAUGCCGGGCAGCAGACGCCAACGCGUCAGUCCCCCAGGGGUCAUGGUGCUCCCACCGCUGGCCUCCCAGCCGGUGGACUUGCCUUGCCGCCCCGCUGGGCAAAGGGCAAGGACACGAGUCGCUCUCCGGGUCCCUUCCGUCGCCGGCCUUCAAGCACGAGCAGUAGUACGCAGUCGCCCACGUCGCCUGGUCGACCGGCCGAUGUUCUACCCGCGCUGGCCGCGAUCCCAGCCAUCCCCAUGAUCAGCGGCACAUCUACCGAGUCGUCCUCCCACUCUCCUACUACAAGCACUGAUACUGAGGAGCUCGUAGCAGACACGCACCCGCUCGUGCAGCCGCGCAGGAUAUCGCAGCUGCCGCCAGAGUCUCCUCCGACCCCAGGCCCCAGCUCGGCCCGCACUCGUACCAAGGGCAAGCACAAGUAUCACGCCCUUGGGACCGAUGAGCGGCGUCGGAGCAGUGGCAGCCGGGACAGGCAGCCGAGUGUCCGUAGGGCCGGUCUUAGCGGGUACAACAAGGCGCUGUGGAAGUGGGUCAACGUGGUCGACCUCGACGGGUUCCUUCAGGAGGGCAAGGGGAUAUGGUGUAUUGCGCUCGCGCGCGUGCUCAACCUCCUCACUACGUUCUUCGUUAUUGGCUUUUCCACUUUCCUCACUUCGUGUAUCGACUAUGGCAAGCUGGCCAGGACGGUCGCCGGUCCCAACGACAUUGCGCGCUUGGACGACGUGCUGAUCCCCCAGUGCGUGACACGCGGGUCGUUUGCGCACAUGCUCUUCAUCCUCUCGGUGACCGUGUUCUACAUCUUCCAACUCGUCACAUUUGUGCUUUCCCUCCCGGGCCUGCUGCACAUGUACAGGUUCUACACAUACCUCCUCGGGGUUCCAGACGCGGACAUUCAAACCAUGCCGUGGCCCGAGGUAGUCCGCCUCGUGGGGGAGAUCAAAGACCAGAACCCAGUCACUUCCCUUUCCAAUGGUCAGGCCACGGCGUUGGCCGACAUGGUAGGGCAAGACGCUGCCAAGUCUGCCCAUGCAAAGCUUGACGCUCACGACAUUGCCAACCGUAUCCUCCGACAGGAGAACUACCUCAUCGCUCUGUUUAACAAGGACCUUCUCGAUCUCCGUGUCCGUCUCCCGGUCCCGCGCCAGGUCGUCCAUCUCGUUCCUCCCGGGCUGCUCACGGGCCCACCCCACGGUGGCCUCCCGCGUAACCAACCCGAGGGAAGACAGUAUAUCACGUUUGGCGGCAACGGUCUCACCAAAGUGCUCGAGUGGAACCUCCGAUUCUGUCUCAUGGGAUACCUCUUUGACCGUCGUGGACAGGUCCGCAAGGAGGUCGUUCGCGACAAGGGAAGAAAAGAUCUGGUCGAAGAGCUGCGGAAACGCUUCAUCUUCAUGGGCGUGGUCAACGCGCUCUUUGCGCCGUUCAUUGUCCCAUAUCUCCUUAUCUACUCGUUCUUCCGUUACUUUGAGGAAUAUCACAAGAACCCGUCAUAUAUUGGGAGCAGGCAGUAUACACCGUACGCCCAGUGGCGAUUCCGCGAGUUCAACGAGCUCCCACACCUCUUUGAACGCCGUCUCGACCAAAGCUACCCUGUGGCCAAGGAGUACAUUGACCAGUUCCCCAAGGAGCGGACGGCGUUGAUUAUGCGAUUCGUCGCGUUCAUCGCUGGUUCGUUUGCGGCCGUCCUGCUCGCCGCCUCGCUCAUCGACCCGGACCUCUUCCUCCACUUUGAGAUUACCCCUCACCGUACUGUCCUCUUCUACCUCGGUCUCUUUGGUUCCAUCCUCGCCAUCGCGCGUGGUAUGGUCCCCGAGGAGAACUUUGUGUUCGACCCAGAGUACCUCAUGCGCGAGCUGGUGCGAUACACGCACUACCUCCCGAACGAGUGGAAGGGCAAGCUCCACUCGCAGAAGGUGCAUGGCGAGUUUGGCCAGUUGUUCCAGCUCAAGGUCGCCAUCUUUGCGCGUGAGAUUCUCUCGGUCGUCCUCACGCCGUUCAUCCUAUGGUUCUCGCUGCCCGCGUGCUCUGGUGCCAUUAUCGACUUUUUCCGCGAGUUUACCGUCCACGUCGACGGCGUCGGGUACGUCUGCUCCUUUGCCGUGUUCGACUUCCACCGCCACGGUGCCGUUGGUGCUGAGGGUGCUGCCGCCGCCGCUGCCGCCGCUACAACAGCCGGUGCGCCGCCCUCGCCCAUUGUACGGAGGCGGGAUGUCCUCCGCCGUCUCCCCGUGGUCCAGACUCCGCAGCACCCGCACCAGCCAAACUACAUGUCCAACGAGCACAAGAUGGAAAAGUCGUUUUUGCACUUCAAGGCCACGCACCCGGACUGGCAGCCGAGCGACCCCAGCUCGUCCGUCUUCCUCGAUCGCCUCAUGGCGCACCACGACGCGCCCGCCGCUCGGUCCUCGCAUGGGACUCACGCAGUCCACGGCCACAUUGCUGGGUCAGUGUACGCCGGCGGCCGAGGUCUGGGGCUGGGCCUGCAGCUGGGCGGACGACCGCUGGACCUGUCCGCCUCGCCUGGCGAGGACGUGGCUGGCGCCGGCUCCCGCGCACCGGGAAGCAGGUGGUUCCAGCCCGCCGACCUGGCUCCCAUGGCCGAGGCGGAGGGCGAGGAGUGUGAGCUUGACGGCGACGGCGAGGCCGAGGCGAUGGGGUGGAACCGCCACAUCGAGGAGGAAGAGGAGGACGAGGGGCAGGAUAGGGGCCUGUUGAGGGACGCGGGGGACAUUCUGAGGCAGGUCAUGAACAGGUAG